AAUGCCGGAUCCAGACACAGAGAGAGAGAGAGAGAGAGGGAGAGAGAGUUCACACACACACCUUGGUUAAAGAAGAUGGCGUUGGUUUCUAUGGCAUUCUCGCUUCCCACCUUAUGCCCACCUAAUCUUCGCCGAGUCAACAGGUAUAAUUCUGGCAAGGCUUAUGCAACUGUGGGCAAAGAAGCCUCUACUUCGUUGGGUGUGCGAGUCACAGAAGGAGAAGGGAACUUGCCCAAGGUUGUGCUCACUUCCGCUACCGGUAGCGAGGCAGAUGUGUACUUGUUUGGAGGCUGUGUCACGUCUUGGAAAGUAGCAAAUGGCAAGGACCUCCUUUUUGUUCGGCCAGAUGCUGUGUUUAAUAAGAAAAAACCAAUCAGUGGAGGCCUUCCACAUUGUUUCCCGCAGUUUGGACCUGGCCAAAUACAGCAGCAUGGAUUUGCAAGGAACUUGGAUUGGUCCAUUGUUGAUUCUGAAAAUGUGGAAGGAAAUCCUGUUGUAACUCUAGAACUAAAGGAUAGUACUUACAGCCGUUCCAUGUGGGAUUAUAGCUUUCAAGCUUUAUACAAGGUCAUUCUACAUACAAGAAGCCUUUCAACUGAACUAACAAUUACAAACACAGACAAUAAGCCAUUUUCAUUUAAUACUGCCUUGCACACAUACUUCCGUGCUUCUGUGACAGGGGCAUCAGUGAAAGGUUUGAAAGGGUGCAAAACUCUGAACAAAGAUCCAGAUCCUAAGAAUCCAUUGGAGGGUAAGGAAGAAAGGGAUGUGGUCACUUUUCCUGGAUUUGUAGAUUGCGUCUAUCUGGAUGUGCCUAAUGAAUUGCAGCUUGAUAAUGGCUUGGGUGAUACGAUAUCUGUCAGGAACACUAAUUGGACAGAUGCUGUUUUGUGGAACCCUUAUCUGCAGAUGGAAGCUUGCUACAAAGAUUUUGUUUGUGUUGAGAAUGCUAAGAUUGGAAACGUCCAACUAGAGCCUGCACAAUCUUGGACAGCCACACAGCAUCUUAGCAUUGACUGAAGUGUAGCUCAGCACUGCUGUUGAAUUUUGUGCAACUUGUACCACUGUCAAUUCCAAAGUUUUUAUUUGAGUUUUGCAAACCUUAAGGUAUAAAAAGCAAAUAAUCUGGCUUGUAUCACUGAACUAGCAUGCUCAUACGAGGCUCUUGUAUAUGACCCGUAUACUUGGGUUUUUGCCUAUUCUUAUGAUCAAUAAAAUUUUGUUUACCGAUCAAAAAAUAAAA